AGCGAGCGUCACUUUGGAAACUCGGGAACUCACGGAUUCUCGUGCUAAACCGGCGACCUCCUUUUCUCAUUACUGAAGUCCUCACUGUUGGAUUCCAACCGCGGGACAAACGGAGGAGAGAGCGUGAAGGGGAAGUCAGGAGGGAAGUGAGACUGGGUGAGUUUGGCGCACGGUUGUGCUUUAGCAGGUAAACUGGGGUCCAAGGUGCGCACUGAGUCACCUAUGAUACCAACAUUACGGAUGGAAAGAACUUUAAUGUGGAAUCCUCACAGAGUUUUGCAACGGAGGCUGAGAGUAGAGACGGACUGGCAGUUUAUAUUAUAACUUGGGCCAGAGGGACAGAUCCGACAGAUCAGCCGACACUCCGCGCGUCACUGUAGGGACGAACAGCAGCAGCAGCAGGGACCCGGCAGGUAGAGCUGAGCAUUUAGGAACACACCUCGCAUCCUCUGCCCACCUGGGGGAUUUGUGUGUGUCUAGGAAGAUGUCUAGAGAGGAGCAGAGCAUGUCGGACGUUGACCUCAGUCCCGGGAUGUCCGGGAUGUCGGACGACACUCGCUCCCUGUCACCGGGCCACUCUUCCGGUGCGGCCGGCGGGGGGGACUCGCCUCUCCACGGGCGGCAGCAGCCGCAGCUGGCGGGUCUGGACGACUCGGCAGCGGGCUGCUCGUCCAUCAAAUCCGAGGACGAGGAAGACCACUUCGCCGCGGGAAUCCGUGACGCGGUGAGCCAGGUGCUCAACUGCUACGACUGGACCCUCGUGCCCAUGCCCGUGCGCGUGAACUCCGGAAGCAAGAACAAGCCGCACGUGAAGAGGCCCAUGAACGCCUUCAUGGUGUGGGCGCAGGCGGCGCGGAGGAAACUGGCCGACCAGCACCCGCACCUGCACAACGCGGAGCUCAGCAAGACCCUGGGGAAGCUGUGGAGGCUCCUUAACGACAGUGACAAGCGGCCCUUCAUCGAGGAGGCGGAGAGGCUGAGGAAGCAGCACAAGAAGGACUACCCGGACUACAAGUACCAGCCGCGACGCCGCAAAAGCGGGAAGCUCGGUUCCGGGAGCGAGGCCGACGGCCAUUCGGAGGGUGAGGUCGGCCAGUCCCACUACAAGGGCCUCCAACUGGAUGUGUCCCUCAUUCGGACGGCCAGGUCCCCUCUGGCCGAUGGGCACCAGCCUCACGCUGCAGGUCACAGUCCUCCCACCCCGCCCACCACUCCCAAGACCGAGCCUCACGCUGGGAAGGUGGGGGAUGGAAAGCGGGAGUGUGCUGGGAACGGGGGCCUGCGGGGUGCAAUGGGAGCGGAGGGAGGCUCCGGCGCUCCGGGCUCCGGUAAGCCUCACAUCGACUUUGGUAACGUGGACAUCGGUGAGAUGAGCCACGAGGUGAUGGCCAACCUGGAGCCUUUUGAUGUCAACGAGUUUGACCAGUACCUUCCCCCAAAUGGACACCCGGGGGUCGGGCAGAGCGCUGGGGCGGGAGCGGCUGCUACGCCUUCCCCGGCGUCUCCUUACACCUACGGCAUCUCCUCAGCUCUGGCGGCGGCCAGCGGACACUCGGCCGCCUGGCUCUCCAAGCAGCAGCAGCAGCAGCCGCUGCAGCACCACGGGCCCUCUCUGGGCUCCGACCCCUCCAAAGCCCAGAUCAAGAGUGAAGCCGGGGGCACCGGGGGUCACUUUGCAGAGGCAGCCUCGGUAGGUUCCCACGUGACCUACACCCCCCUCAGCCUCCCUCACUACAGCUCUGCCUUCCCCUCGCUGGCCUCCAGGGCUCAGUUUGCAGAUUACGCCGACCACCAGGCCUCGGGGUCGUAUUACGCUCACUCCGGCCAGGCCUCUGGCCUGUACUCUGCCUUCUCUUACAUGGGGCCCUCCCAGAGGCCCCUGUACACCGCCAUCACCGACCCGGCCAGCAUGCCGCAGUCGCACAGCCCCACGCACUGGGAACAGCCCAUCUACACGACGCUGUCGCGGCCAUGACAGACAACGAGACCAGAGAGCACUGGUGCGGGUUCAGGCCCCACGACAGACCUGAGGAGGAGCGGCGGCCACGGCGGCAGUGUUAGUGGCAGCGGUGGUAAAAGUGGUCUGGGCUGGGGGGUCUGGGGGGGCACCGGGGGAGUCGGCAGGGGAGGCAGGAGGGGAGAAACCCUCUCCUGCCCCUGCCCAGAAGAGUUGUCGGAGCCCUUGGAUGAGCUUGGAGGAGGGUGCUUUGAAGGCGCGGUUGAUUAUUCGGGCCACUCGGUGCGGUAGUGACAGACUGGCUCACUUCACGCCCGCCGCGCAGGGCUUCCGGUUAGAGAGCGACGGGAGGGACAGCGUUCACAGGUGGUUCAGGACCGCGUGUCCCUGUCGGCUCUUGGUGGGCUACGCCCCCCCUCCUCCCACAGGACACCAGGGGGCCCGUAGCAACAGAGAACGGUGCACAUUGAGAAUUAGCAAGACUUUGAUCUUUUUUGUCACGGGUGUGACUGAGACGGAGACAAAUUCAUCCGAUGUGAAAUCGGUUACUUUUUAUCUUCUUUUUUUUUGGUACAAGAAGUGCCAAACUAUUUGGCCGUGGCCCGUUUGCUCCUCCGGCAAGAUUUGACCUUUCAUAAAACAGAUAUUAAAUUGUAUUUUUUUUUACAAAAGAAUGCAACAAACACUUAUUCUGUCGAGGCACAUUUUGUCCUUAAUUAAUUAAUUCAAAUUAUUGUGCUGUCGCAUGGAAGCAAAAUGCCAUAAAACUAUGUCGAGGAUUUCUUAAUUUAAAAAAAAAAAGUAUGAUUGCUGAUUAUUAUCAGGAUAGUUUAUAUACGAUGUACUUGAAAUUACAAAUGUACGUUUACUGACGCAUACAGAUUUGAGAUGUUUGUAAAAACGACCAAAGUUUUGAGACUUGAAGAAAGGAAGCGAUUAACAGACGUUCCUCCCGACGUGACAUUAGCGGUCGACACUUUUUACAAUGUGACUUAUUGUAAAAGCCUUAUUAGUGUCAAAAGCUACUUUUGUUUCUUUCUUUUUUAAACAAUGGCACUGAGUGUGAUGAUUUUUAUUAGCAACUAACACAUUCAUGAAGAACAUUCAUGAAAAGAAACGUUUCUAUUUAUACCUGCAUGACCCAUUUUUAAUGACCACGGUCGCAAUUAUGGAUCAGCCGAUAAUGAAACAUUCAUAUAAUUAUGUAUUACUCUGCUCAUGAUAUAUAUAAAUUGAGCCCAUAUUAAGUUAUGCAAUCCAAGUUUUUGGAUGUACUUUACUAGAAAAGAGAGAGAGAGAACAUUGGAAGAGUCCGAACUGUUUUGUGUUAACUGACCAGCGCUGACAGCUAGAUUUGGUCAUGUCAGCACUUUGGAAUAUUAAAUCAUCCAUCUUAUCUUUCUUUCACUCAGGUGUGCAUAAUACAAAUACAGGUUAUGAACUUCCUUUUUAAAAAUACAAAAAUGUGAACUUAUCGGUUGAUGUUGUUGGCAUCGGGCUUGAGAAGCAGAUAAUUAUCGGUUAUCAGCUGGAAAGAAAGAAAAAUCCACAUCGUGUAUCCCUACUCAAAAUCUGUCAUACAAUACAUGGUAGAAGCUUUUUUCAUUGUUUUAACUUUUAACUGUAUUAAUAUUGUUCAAUUCUUAUUGCUGUUAUUAUCUUCACUGAACAUCUGCCCCCUGCCUUUUCUUUACCUGUAUGUGUCAUUUAAAAUGUGUAUCAAUAUUCAUUAUGAAGUGUCAGAUCUUUGGAUCGUAGUUGUGUUACGUGAACUUUGUUGUUGUUGUUGCAUUUGAAGAGUUUCCAUGUGGGAGAAGCAAACACUGAGAAACAGUUGCCAGAGAUUGAGUUAUUAAAGCUUCCAGGAGAAAUACGUUUGAACCCAGCCGAAAUAUUAAAUCCAAAAUGUGCCUGGAAUACACACACAUGAAACAGAAGUAUUUUAUCUUAAAUCAUGUUUUUGUGUUUCACAUUUUUUAGACAAUUAGUAAAUGUAGUUUUUAAUGAUGUGUUGUUUCCCUUCAUCUCUGUCUUUAUAGUCUACUCUCUUUCCACAUCCCAUUUCCUAUAUAUCUUAAGAAUCUUAUUUUACAUCUGGUCAAAAUGAAAGAAAACUAAAAAAAUCUUUUUUUGGGUUGCUUUUUAAAACUUGUAUAUCACUUAAAUAUCCUCUAUCACUACUGGACGCAGAUCCAAACCAUAUGCACGCACCACUGCUCGUUUUUAUUCAUAUUCCAUCGCCGCUUAAAGCUAUUUAACUAUUUUCCUCCAGCACAAGACGCAGACUUACUUUUACAUCCUUGUUGCUUGUGAAAUAUGUGUUGCUACGACUUUCACCUGUAUUUAUAUGUGUUUGAUGCUUGUGUUUGUGCCGUUAAGUUGUUUCCCCCCAACAUGAGGGCAACUUUGGACCGGUCCUGCCAUUUUAGUAUUUCAUCGUUUCCAUCCAUGUUCAACUGUUGCCACAGCAACACGACUCCUACCACCAGAGGGAGCCUUAAACAUGUGAUGAUGACUAAUGACCUUUUACGCUCACUUGAAAUAAAGCCCUAUUAUUCCUGCUUUGAUCAAAAAAUGCU